UUCAGUCCCUAUGGGAAUUCCUGAAGUUUUGUUGUACUAUUCAACCUUUCAUUUUCAACUUUUUUUUUUUUUUUCCUGAAUUGGGUGCUCAGCUGCCCCAGCCAGAGUGCAGUGGUAUCAUCAUAGCUCACUGCAACCUUACACUUCUAGGCUCAGGUGAUUCUCCUGCCUCAUCCUCUCGAGUAGCUGGUACUACAGACACCUGCUGCUAUUCCCACCUGAGUUUUGUUUUGUUUUCUUUUGUAGAGACAGGGUCUCAAAAUGUUGCCCUGGCCGGUCCUGAACUCCUGGCCUCUGGUAAUAUUCUUGUCUCAGCUUCCCAAAAUGCUGAAAUUAUAUACUGUAGUAGCCAGCCACUGUGCCCAGCCAUAAAGUUGUUUAUGUUUGCUGUGUUGUUGAUUUUCCUUAAACUCAGGCAUUCUUCCCAUUCGUUUUGAACUAGUUAAUAUAACACUUGUAAUUUCAUUAAUAGAAGGGUAUCCAUGUGAACAGUGAAUUAGGAAUAGAAAUAGAAUGAUUCUCCCCCCACACGGAUAUAUCCUUCACAUCCGCUCCACCUUCAAGGCCUUUGAUAGAAGGGGGAAACAGGUAAAAAGAACAGUAGUGGAGAGACAUUCAAUACAUGCUUGCUUCUCAGGGCUCCAGCCUGUAGAGCUGGUUGCAGAGAACAGCCACAGGCCUUCUCAAAAAGGCUUUUAAGUGUUGCCAGCAUCAGAGGACAUGUUCACACAAAUCCCAAUACCACAGCUGGUAAUGUUAGUGUCAGAGCUAGAUUUGAUCCUCUGAGAUGCACUUUUCUUCUCCAGGAGUACAGCUUUCUUUAAUUAUUGGAAGUAACCCAAAUAGAUACAGAAGUAACAGAAAUAACCCAUUUAAUUUGUUUAAGAAUGUGUUCUUUUUCUCUGUUAGCUUACACUUUUUGAAAUUGGGGUAAAAUGAAACAAGCAAAACUCCAAAGAAGUUAUCAAAGUCCAUGCAUUGUCUAAUUUGUUAAAGGUAGUUACAAAACAAACUCAAGGGGCACCUCAGCUUUACAAAAUCGUUGUUUAACUUUAGUGCGUGAUUUGUUUUUUCUCAUGAUAAAUAAAGUUGCAGAGCAAGUAGGCAAGGAACUGCUCGUGUAUUCUCAUUUUAAAAUGGCUAAUUCGUGAAAAAUUAAUUUCAAUAUAUUAUUUGUAAUUUUCUGUAAUGAUUUUGAAAUCCAUACAUUUAGCCUCAUUCUUAUUCCCAACCAUAGCUUUGUGUCUUCAGCUGCUGACUAGACAUUUCUACUUGGAAUUCUUACUACCUCAAACCUAACAUAUCUAAAAUUCAACAUUUGUUUACAGUGACCUGGUUUCUAUCAGGAGUACAGUUUUUCCUCUUGUCUGAAACUUAGCCCACAUCUUUGGUCAUUCUUUCUCUCUACUCAUUAAAUUAUUUCCUUACAGUCUCUCCCUUUCUUUACAUUUUCAUUUUUGCCACCUUAGUCCCAGAAGUAGUAACACCUCAUUUCUAACAUCUUCAGUUGUUCUCCCUACUUCCAGCGUAUUCAUCCUUCAUGAUGAGUUUUAUAUCCACAAGCCCGUGCUGAUCUCUUCGCCUCUGAAACCUUCAUAGCAGUGAGAUUGGGAAAAUGUGACCAUAACACCAGAUAUAAAUUUGCUAAGAGAUGGAGGAGCCUCAGAAGAAUGAUCUGAACACAAUGGGCCUUGAGAUAGAGGACGCUCUCAAAAGCACCAGCCCUCAGAUUUCUAUCCGUGAAUUUUCUUGCCACUGCUGCUAUGACAUCCUGGUUAACCCCACCACCUUGAAUUGUGGCCACAGCUUCUGCCGGCACUGCCUAGCUUUAUGGUGGGUGUCUUCAAAGAAAACAGAGUGUCCAGAAUGCAGAGAAAAGUGGGAAGGUUUCCCCAAGGUCAAUAUUCUCCUCAGGGAUGCCAUUGAAAAGUUAUUUCCUGAUGCCAUUAGAAUGAGAUUUGAAGAUAUUGAGCAGAAUAAUGACAUAGUCCAAAGUCUUUCAGCCUUUCAAAAAUAUGGGAAUGAUCAGAUUCCUUUAGCUUCCAACACAGGCCGAGUGAAUCAGCAGAGAGGAGGGGGGUUCUUUUCUGGAGUGCUCACAGCUUUAACUGGUGUGGCAGUGGUCCUGCUUGUGUAUCAUUGGAGCAGCAGAGAAUCUGAGCAUGACCUCCUGGUCCACAAGGCUGUGGGCAAAUGGACAGCAGAAGAAGUUGUUCUCUGGCUGGAGCAGCUGGGUCCUUGGGCUUCUCUCUACAGGGACAGAUUUUUAUCUGAAAGAGUAAAUGGAAGAUUGCUUUUAACUUUGACAGAAGAAGAAUUUUCAAGGGCACCAUAUACUAUAGAAAACAGCAGCCACAGAAAAGCUAUCCUCAUGGAACUAGAACGUGUUAAAGCACUAGGCGUGAAGCCCCCACAAAAUCUCUGGGAAUAUAAGGCCGUGAACCCAGGGAGAUCCCUGUUCUUGCUGUACGCCCUCAAGAGCUCCCCCCGGCUUGGUUUGCUGUAUCUGUACCUGUUUGACUACACAGAUACCUUCUUGCCCUUCAUCCAUACCAUCUGUCCUCUGCAGGAAGAUGGUUCUGGGGAAGACAUCAUCACCAAGCUUCUGGACUCCCAAAGAAGAUUGCUUGUCCUAUCGCAAGGCAGGGUGAGUGUCUGUCCUGACCCACGGGGCAGGGAUCUUAGGGAACCCACAUGGAAGCAGUGGAGAGAAUUCCUUGUCAAAUAUUCCUUCCUUCCAUACCAGCUGAUUGCUGAAUUUGCUUGGGACUGGCUAGAGGUCCAUUACUGGACAUCACGGUUUCUCAUCGUCAAUGCCAUGUUACUUUCGGUUCUAGAAUUAUUUUCGUUUUGGAGAAUCUGGUCAAGAUGUGAACUGAAGACUGUGCCUCAGAGAAUGUGGAGCCAUUUUUGGAAAGUAUCAACACAAGGGCUUUUUGUAGCCAUGUUCUGGCCCCUCAUUCCUCAGUUUGUCUGCAACUGUUUAUUUUACUGGGCCCUGUACUUCAACCCAAUUAUUAACAUUGAUCUUGUGGUCAAGGAGGUUCGCCGGCUGGAAACUCAGGUGUUGUGACUGGCAUUGCCCAGGCUCUGAGAGACUCUUCUGGCCUCCCUUACAUCCGAUCUUUGAUGUUUAAGAGGGGUGAGGUAGGGAGAGGAUGUCCUCCUUUCUACCCCUAGCAAAGCAAGGUGCUGUUUUAUAU